CCCCCUCACCUGUGCAUGGCCCUGCACCUGUGCAUGGCCCUGCACCUGUGUAUGGCCCUCACCUGUGCAUGGCCCUGCACCUGUGCAUGGACCCCCACACCUGUGCAUGGCCCUCACCUGUGCAUGGACCCCCACACCUGUGCAUGGCCCCCCUCACCUGUGCAUGGCCCUCACCUGUGCAUGGCCCCCCUCACCUGUGCAUGGCCCUGCACCUGUGCAUGGCCCCGCACCUGUGCAUGGCCCCCCUCACCUGUGCAUCGCUCUCACCUGUGCCAGCCCAGCUGUCACCAGUGUCCCCACACGCUGCCAGCUCCGGCCAUGUCCCCGCAUUCCGGGCUCAGCCUUUUCUCCUGUUCGGAGCCCCCGGGGUCGGCGCCAGCCUCUCACGGGGGUCCCGCCAUGGGGACACCCUCCCUGCCCUGGUGUCCCCAGAGGCUGCCAGGUCCCCGUGUCCCCCGUGUCCCCUGUGUCCCCUGUGUCCCCCAUGUCCCCUGUGUCCCCUGUGUCCCCUGUGUCCCCCGUGUCCCCCGUGUCCAGGCCAGGCCGUGCCCGCGUGCCUGGCACUGCCACAUGUCCUGCAGGGCGGCAGCCGGACAUGGCCGGUGGCAGACGGGGCCGUGGGGACACGGCCGGUGGCAGACGGGGCCGUGGGGACACGGCCGGUGGCAGACGGGGCCGUGGGGACACGGCCAGUGGCAGACGCGGCCGUGGGGACACGGCCGGUGGCAGACGGGGCCGUGGGGACACGGCGAUGGCGCUGGGGACGCGGUGGCACCGCGGUGGCUCAUUAGUGUGUCCCUGUGAUGAGGCGGUGGCCGCCUGCAGGGGCGGAUCAGAGGCCACCGUGGUGGCACCUGCUGGGACCGCGGGGAUGGCAGCAGACCCCCGUUGCCGUGAGCCCCCCGUCGCCACGGACCCCAUUGCUAUGGAGACGGACGCUAAGAGCUGUUGCCAUGGUGCCCAUCGCCAUGGGGGACCCCGAUGCUGUGGACCCCCGUUGCUAGGGAAACGCGUUACUAUGGACCCCCGUUGCUAUGGAGCUCCCGUUGCUACGGGCCGCCGUAAGUCACCGCGCUGCGGAGCCGCCAGAUGUCGCGAACGCCGCCGGAGGGGCGGGGCCGCCGGGAAGGUUCCCGCCCCCUCGCCGUGA